GACUCUUCUCAGACAAGCCUUGAAGUCCAGGAAGGAAGGACCAUGAUGCAACUUUUCUGAGCAUCGCCCACUAGGCUGAGCAGCUCCAAUGGGGUUUUGGAGCCUGGCCUGACCCAGAGAAGCUGACCGACCAUGAAAGGAGGAGCAAGCUAAAGUUACCCAGGGAGAACAGCUGGCUGAACGCCGCAGAGACCUCUGAUGAAUUCGAUCAACGGCAGCACUCCGGUGACCCAGUUCCUGCUGCUGGGUUUCCCCUCCCUGGGCCAGCAGAGCCGUGAGCUCCUCUUUGCCCUGCUCUCGUUGGCCUAUACCUCCACGGUGGUGGGGAACUUCUGCAUCGUGUGGGCCGUGUUGCGGGACCCCCACCUCCAGCGCCUGCCCAUGUACAUCCUGCUGGGGAACUUCUCCUGGCUGGAGAUCUGCUACGUCACCGUCACCACGCCCCGGAUGCUCUAUGACUUGCUGUCCCCCGGCCUCCCCAUCUCCUUCCAUGCCUGCUUCCUGCAGUUCUACUUCUUCUUUGCCACGGGGGGCACCGAAUGUCUCCUCCUUGCAGCUAUGGCCUUGGACCGGUACCUGGCCAUCUGCCAGCCCCUGCGCUACCCCGUCCUCAUGUCCCCCCACCGAUGCUGGACCUUGGUUGCCUUGUGCUGGCUUGCCAGCUUCCUAUGGUACAUAGCGCCCAUCGUCCUCAUCUCCCAGCUCUCCUUCUGCAGCACCUACACCCUGGACCAUUUUCUCUGUGACCCGGGCCCAUUACUGGCCGCUUCCUGCUCCCCAGUGCACUUGGCUGAUCAGAUCUGCUCCAUCAUGGGUUCCCUCAUGCUCUUCACCACCAUCUUCUUCAUCCUGGCCUCCUACGGGCUCGUCAUCAGGGCCGUGCUAAGGCUGCCCGCAGGGUCCGGGCGGCACAAGGCCUUCUCUACCUGCACCUCCCACCUGGUCAUCGUGAGCUUGUUCUAUGGCUCCCUCACAGUGAACUACGUCAUCCCGACAGCCUCUGAGGGCAGUGGGAAGGUGGUGACGCUGUGCUACACCAUGGCGACCCCGCUGCUCAACCCGUUGAUCUACAGCCUGAGGAACAAGGAGAUGAAGGGGGCUCUGAGGAGGACCCUGCUGGGGAAGCGGUAG